AUGCUGGAAGAUCAAAUCGUCGAAUUCCAAACUGAGGACGUGGCGGCCAGCAUGCAGAGGGCAAAACAGAGUCUGUUGGGGCGGCUAUUUCUUGAUAAUAGGCCGAGUCUCUCAGUGAUCCAGAAGAUAGUCAAGGGUGCUUGGAAUUGCUCCAAGAAGAUUACGGUGCUGGAGGCGGAAUAUGGCCUGCUGCAGUUCAUGUUUGAUGAUGCCUCGGAGAUGGAAUGGGUACUUCAGCGGACGCCAUGGCCAGUCAGGGAUAGGGUGCUGCAUCUGCAGCCCUGGGAACCGGUCACCCCGGCGGUGAGGGAUGCUCUUGCGUUUGUGCCGUUCUGGGUACAGAUGUGGGGUAUCCCGUCCCAUUGCCGCACGGUGGCGUUUGGCAAAAGGGUGGCUGCGACAAAGAUCGGCGAAGUCCUGGAUGGAGGUCUGUUCGGGAUCAAGGGGGAACCGGGACAUUUUGUCAAAGCGAGAGCAAAAGUGAAUGUGCUGGAGCCUCUCCGAUCGCAAAUUUACGCGAGCAAUGAGGUGGCCGGAAAAUUUUGGGUGUCUUUUGUGUAUGAGUUUUUGCCGCUGUAUUGCUACCAUUGUGGCAGGUUAGGGCACUUGGAGCGCGACUGCACCUUCCCGGAUCCAUUGGGGAUCGAGAAAUAUGGCCCCGGUUUGUCAACGGAUAUCACCGGCUACAGGUUGAAUGAAGGGUCCUUGGUGGCAGUGAAUCAGCCGCUGCAAACAUCUGUUUGGGUGAAUCCCAGGACCAGUGGCAAAGCUGGCAAGAGAGGGGAGGCUAGUCAAACUCAGGCGGUCUCUUCUGGUGGCGGAGGUGAAGCUCGGGGUGAUAAUGUUAUACUUGGCCUUCCUGCGGAAAAGGCUGCGGUGCGGAAAGAAAAAGGGGAGGCUGGGAUGAGAGGGAAGGCGCCUCUGAAGCAGUUUGGGAAAGCAAAUGCUGGGCAGCAAAGGGUGGGGAGUGGGGAGAAAUAUUCCACUUCCCAUGCUAAGGCUGGGGACAAGAAGCAGACGGCAGUGGAGGGAAAGGGAAAGGGGAAUGUGGGCGCUGGCCAUGGUGGCAAGGAACCUGCUGUGUUGGCAGGGAAGAAAGGGGUGGUUGAGCCUAGGAAAAAGGCUCUGGUGGAGGUUUCCUCUUGUGUGUUUGGCGAUACUGUUUUGCAGGGGAUAAUGGCGGAUACAGAGGAGCUCAAGCUGGCCACGGACAAGCUACAAAUUGACGAGUAUGGGAGCAACAUCUCUACGAUGUUCCAUAUGGUAGCGCCAGAGCCGGAGGGGAUUGAGGAGAAGAAGAGAGUGGCGGAGGAAGUGGCUGGGCUUGCCCCAGACCCGACGCCCCCAAAGAAGCUGUGCACGGAUGCGGAGGGAGGAGGGAAGAUCGGAACGGUGGAGGCAGCCAGCCGCGAGUGGCCCCCAUCGGCCAAAUGA